AUGACUGCUUAUCGAAGGGAGUUUAUUGGAAAGGGAAGGUAUGCAAUAUGGUUUUGGAUGGUUGAUAUUUUCUGGGGAUGGCAGAAGAAAAAUGACAAACCUAUAGAUCGUGUGAUUGCUUCUGGAAUCCAACGGUACACAUCUUUGAGAAAUUCUGGAUUGAAAAACAUGAUACAUCAGGAGUGUUACGAUGGAACAGAGAAUGCAGUCGUACUCAAGGUGAACCGGUUUGGGUAA